AUGGUGAUAAAUCAGCUUCAAACAAUCUGUAAUUGGUUUUCCAAACAACCUUUUCCUGUUCAAGCUACUGUUGUUACUACUGCCAUUGCAAUCCACGGAGCUGCUCUCGGUGGUCUAGUCGGAGGCGUAGCUCAGGUUGCUGCGCAUGUCUUUCCAAAGCGUUCACUUGCCAUUAAGGCUAAAUUUGCUAGUUCCAUGGUAGAAGCUCGUAUGUUUGCUGCUGUGCUAGGCACCCAUUCCAGUAUAUAUUUUAUUAUGGGAAAUAUUAGAGGGAAAGACGAUGUCUACACUCGAAUGGCAGCAGGUUUUGGUGCUGGAGCCGCUGGAAGUAUACUUAAAGAAGUGGGACUCCCUCCUGGACCAAGACUUCUAAUACUUGACCACAUUGAAAAUGAUCCUGAACUACAAAAGAUGCGGCAUGGACGUGCUCGACGAAACUGA